GUGAUCCGCCCUCGAUGUUUCCUGCUCGUGACCAACGCCGACAAAAAAAUGGCAUCAUAGAGAGUCAGGGUAGAACGUCCACGUGUUCUACAGGCUUUAAGGUAGAGAUUGCGCUCGCGCCAUAAAGUCGACCGGCUAGAGCGGUAGAUCUUUUGACUGUUGGGUCAGCUGUACUUAAGGAAAGAAGCCGGAAAGAAGCCGAAGGCGGAAUCUGCUUUAUUUUUCAACAUGGGGAAAAUGGACUUCCUCAGUCCCAAGGCGAUCGCGAACCGCAUUAAAUUGAAGGGGCUGCAGAAACUUCGCUGGUAUUGCCAGAUGUGCCAGAAGCAGUGCAGGGACGAGAAUGGCUUCAAAUGUCAUUGCAUAUCAGAAUCUCACCAGAGACAGCUUCUGCUUGCGUCUGAAAAUCCUCAACAAUUCAUGGAUCACUUCUCAGAGGAAUUCCGGAAUGAUUUCUUAGAACUGCUCAGAAGACGAUUUGGAACAAAGAGAGUCCAUAACAACAUAGUAUACAAUGAAUAUAUCAGUCAUCGAGAGCACAUCCAUAUGAACACCACGCAAUGGGAGACGCUGACCGAUUUUACCAAGUGGCUAGGGCAAGAAGGCUUCUGCAAGGUGGAUGAAACCCCCAAAGGCUGGUAUAUCCAAUACAUUGACCGAGACCCCGAGACGAUCUGCCGGCAGCAAGAGGAAGAGAAGAAGAAGAAGCAGGACUUGGACGACGAAGAGAAGUCAGCCAGGUUCAUCGAAGAGCAAGUCAAGAGAGGCUUGGAAGGGAAGGACCAGGAAACACCGGUCUACACGGAACUGAACCGAGAAAACGAGGAAGAGAAAGUGGUAUUUAAUUUGAACAAAGGAGCAAGCACUUCAGCAGCGGCACAGCCCCAGCCCAGUUUGUUUGGACCCAGCGGGCUGAAGACGGUAGGAGCAGCACUAAUGGUUAAACGGAAAGAAACGUCUAUCUCGGGGCAACCUAAAGAAAAGAAGAGAAAGACGGCACUGGAUGAAAUCAUAGAGUUAGAAGAAGAGAAGAAAAAAUCGGCUCGAAGUGACUACUGGCUACAGCCCGAAAUUGUGGUCAAAAUCAUAACAAAGAAGCUUGGUGAGAAAUACCAUAAAAAGAAGGCCAUUGUUAAGGAAGUGAUCGACAAAUACACAGCCGUUGUCAGGGUGAUUGAUUCUGGGGACAAACUGAAACUCGACCAGACCCAUCUGGAAACAGUGAUUCCAGCACCAGGCAAAAAGGUGCUAGUUCUGAAUGGCGGCUACAGAGGAAACGAAGCGACUUUAGAAGGCAUAAACGAAAAAACCUUUUCAGCCACGAUACUCAUCGAAACUGGUCCUCUGCAGGGACGCCGAGUAGAAAGCGUGGCCUACGAAGACAUCUCUAAACGGGCUUGAGCAGCAAAUGCUAGAUGGACUCUUGAAAAGCAUCCAGCUUAAAGAAGCCCAAAUCUGACCGCUACGGCGCCGGAGUUUUAAAACUUGACUGCAGAAUCGAGCAAGCAUGCAGGGUCUUUUUCAGAAAGGCAGUCUUGGACAAGAAAUUUCUUGCUUUCUAAGCCACUUCUGAACUCUCUGAUGUUUUGAUAUUUAAUAGUAUUAGCUCACUUAAAUGAGGCUAUUUCCAUUGGUUAAGCAUCGCCCGCCAUAAAAUACUUGGUUGGAGAAAAAAGAAAAAAAGAAAUCUGGAUUCUCUGGCAGCAUUUAAAGCUCUUAUUUAAGCACUGCUUCUGUGAAAACCAUUAUUAUCUGCAAUGGGAAACAUAGCACUUUAAUAAAAUAGCAUUUACAUUACUCUGGAUGCCUAUUAGCGGGACUUGCCUUUUUGUAAAGUUACACCCACCAUUUUCUUUCUCAUUCCUGCUGCGGAAAAAAAAAUGGUGGGCCCAACUUUACAAAAAGGAAGUCUUGCUUGUAGGCGUCUGGAGCAAAAUAAAUGCUAUUUUAUCAAAGUGCUUUGUUUCUCAUGGCAGAUAAUAAUGGUUUUGACAGAAACAGUGGUUAAGUAAGAGUUUUAAAUGCAGCUAGAGAAUAGGAAAUGGGAGAAGGCAACCACUAGGACCUGGCGGAGUAUACCAACAUAAAGAAGGUCCAGGAAGAUGUGGCAAAUUGAUUCACAGAGCUCUUGACACCUUUAUGUUGAAAAGGUAUAGUCGCAGAUUCAACUAGCCUAGAUAACGCCACAGUAUUUUGUGAUUUUGAGUAUGUUGAGAUCUUUUUUACACUGUGUUUGAAUGUCACAAAUAGUAUGCUGUAGAAGAAUCUUAUAAAUGCAUCUUAAUAAUUAAAUAAUCAUAUAGAGUUUUGUUUUAUAAAUCAGUGGCUGGCUCUUUGUCCUUCAGGAACCAGGCAGUUUAGAACCAAAGCCUUCUUGCUGCAUGACCUCACAUUUUCAAUACAUCAUUAAGAAUGCAGUGUUUUCAUGAGAGUGGAGGAUGUUCUGACGAAGUUGGGGUAGAACAUUGAUUAUUGUACAAAUGAGAAUAAACUGAGUGCUUUGAAGAAAAAAUAAACGCUUUCAGACAAAAAAAGUAUGUAGAACUCUGGGGCUUAGAAGAAAUUAUGGAUCUAUUAAAAUUAGUGCUAAUCU